UAAUUAGUAGGAAGGUGAACCAUGGAGAGGAUUCAAGGUCUUGACCGUACACAAAAGGAACCGACGUGAAACUCAGUUGGUGGGACGUGGGUGAUUGUUUUCACGUACUUUCUGCAACACCUUUCUUAGGGGGAAGUGACAAAUUUAAAGUCAAAUUAUCUGAGUUAGAGUCAUUUGAGUACCCAGCACGACUCCAUAAUGUUGUUAUAAGCCAUCGAUGAUAGUCAGCUGUAUAGCCUAGGAAGAACUCUGUAUUGUAUUGAAGGAUAUUUUAGUGACAUUUUUAGGGUAGCCACUGAGUUUGUCCCAAUGGAGAUGCUUGAAUUUGAGUUUGAUUUUGAUACUGAACCGGAUCUGAAUAGAAGUGCCUACACGUCUUUCAAGAUGGCGACCUCGUCCGUGGAUUCUGGGAACGAACUAGAAGAGGAGGUUCGAGGCCUCAGCGUUAACAGCUCCCGGAGUUCCUCCCCGAAAGAACAGAAUUCUCUCAGUGUAUCUUCACCAUCAAAUGCUUCAACGAUCGCCUUGACAACACCAAUCAACAUACCCCUCUCGGGAGGUAGCAUUAAUUUCAGUGGAGAUAACAACUCAUUGGCCCCACCCUCACCUACUUUUAAAAACAGAAGCUCCUCCAGUGCCUCUUACAAUGAGGAUAUGGACAGUGCACGAGGAGCACCCAAGCAGAUGUCGACCCCCCUUAGCUUUGGGAAGUUUGCUUUGAACCAUUCUUCCAUAGCGCCAGCACCACCCAAACCUCAAAGAAUGACCAGUCCGCAGGAGGAUGAGAUUGAGGCCCUUGUAUUUGUGGAGCAACCCAAUAGAACCCUCUACUGUCUGCUCUGCCGAUCGGUUUUCCAGGACCCAGUCAUUACUCAGUGUGGGCAUACCUAUUGCAGGAAGUGUGUGACAUCAAGACAGUUUGAGAAGUGCCCUGUAGAUACCAUGAAGCUAGCUGUAGUCGUGAACAACAUCGCUGUGAACGAGCAAGUCGGAGAGUUGUUUAUCCAUUGCAAGUACGGCUGUAAACCAAGUCAAAUCAACCUGGGUGAUUAUGAAGUAGAUCCAGAGGGCUGCCCAUUCACCAUCAGGUUUAGUGAAAGAAAAGAGCAUGAGUCACAGUGUGGCUAUGCCACCGUUCGCUGCCCCAAUAAUCCGGAUUGUCCGCUCGUGCUAAAGAUGAAUCUGGAGUCACACCUAGUGAAUUGCAACCUCUGUAAAUGUGAUCAUCAGCGGUAUGGCUGCCACUUUGUAGGCACGCAGGAGCAGGUGGAAGCACACCUAUCGCAGGGUCAGUGCGCCUACGACAGUAUCAAGGACUUCCUCUCUGCCUCGGACGAUAAGAUCCGCGAGCUCCAGAUGACCAUCCACCAGAAGGACCAGGAGAUUGGGUUCCUGCGCUCCAUGCUGGGAAAGCUCUCGGAGAGGGUGGACCGGCUCGAGAAGUCCAUGGAGAUGAAAAUAAACUACAUGGACGAAAAUAUCAACCGAGUGGAGAAGACGAUUGUCGACCUGGACGAGAACCAGAGGUCGAUCUCGGAGGAGGUCAUCGACCACGAGAGAAACUACACAAUGGUCAACAGAGAGCUGGCCGUCAUUAACGCCAGGCUCAACUCAGGAGCGGCUGGAGCCUAUGACCCACAGCAGGUGUACAAGUGCAAGGGAACCUUCGUAGGACACCAGGGUCCCGUCUGGUGUCUCUGUGUCUUCGGAGACCUCCUCUUCAGUGGUUCCUCGGACAAGACCAUCAAGGCCUGGGAUACCUGCACCAACUACACGUGUCAGAAGACGCUGGAGGGUCACAACGGCAUCGUCCUGGCUCUAUGCACCCAUGGAAACCGUCUGUACAGUGGAUCUGCAGAUUGUACCAUUAUGGUUUGGAACAUUGAUGCCCUGGAAGUCGAGAAGACCAUCAACGCUCAUGAGAACCCUGUCUGCACGUUGGUGGCAGCAAACAACAUGCUCUUCAGCGGCUCGCUGAAGGUGAUCAAGGUCUGGGACCUGCACACGCAUCAACUCAAGAGGGAGCUCACCGGACUCAACCACUGGGUCAGGGCGCUGGUCGCUAACGGCAACUAUCUAUACAGUGGCUCCUAUCAGACAAUUAAGGUAUGGGAUCUGAACACGCUUGAGAUUGUACACAGUCUGCAGACAAGUGGGGGCAGUGUUUACUCCAUCGCUAUCACCAACCAUCACAUCAUCGCUGGAACGUACGAGAACUGCAUACACGUAUGGGAUAAGAAUGAAUACACCCAAGUAGAGACCCUAACUGGACACGUUGGUACCGUCUAUGCUCUAGCCGUCAUCAGUGCACCGGGCAUGACUAAGGUCUUCAGUGCUUCAUAUGAUAGGUCAUUAAGGGUAUGGAACAUGGAGAAUAUGAUCUGCACCCAGACGCUGAUCAGACAUCAGGGUAGCGUGGCCUGUCUGGCCGUCUCGAGAGGGCGCUUGUUUUCAGGAGCCGUUGACAGCUCAGUAAAGGUUUGGCAGUGAGAUGAUGACACUAGGAUAUGUUUGAGAUGUCAGACGUCAUUCCGAGCCCGAAAGAGAACAAGAGGUCAAAGGUCAUAACCUCUGACCUUGUAGUGCAUUGGACAUUGGAGUUGUGAAUACAGGGGAUGCUUGAAAGAAGGAAUUUUUCUUCUUUCCCCCGCCCCCUUUUUUGUACGAGAGAGUUGUUAGUGUUUUAUUGGUAGAAUUUGAUAGAUGUGUACGGAGGUAAUUGCUGGUUUUCUUCACAAUAUUGAAAAAUGUGGAAAACCAGUGAUUUUCAAUAUUUUUGAGUUAAAACAAAAAAAAAGAAUCAAAAUUUGUUAUUUCAAAGAUUGUUUUUACACAUGCAAGAUUUGGCAAUAGAAUGAGAGCAAAGAACUAAGGAUGGAAUAAAGGAAAAGACAAACAUGUAUGUUGUAAGUCUUGGUAUUUCGAUAGACAAGUUGAAAUGCCCUUUGUAUUGUCAUUACAAAUAAACCAAUAAAACGCUGCUCUUUGUGAUGAGCACGGCAUCCUAGCGCGGAUCUGAAUAUGUGAA